AUGAAGCUUGGAAAAUCGGAUGAUCCAGCGUUGUUGUUCACGCCUUGAAGAAUCUCAGUGACUCCGAAAUAAGGUAGUAGAACCAUCCCAGCUAAAAGCGAAAGCGCUAAACCGACAUGUUCGAUACAGUGGAUCGCUUUACGAGUCACAUUCAACGGAUUCCUCACAAUUGCUAUACCCAUGAUUAAACAUCCUGCCGAUGUUACUGACGCCAAAAUUAGCAAUAGUAUGCCAUUUGCCAGUAAAACUGAGGACAAGAACCACAUUUCUCAGCUAAGCGAGUUUUUUUUUUGCCUUUUCAUCGAACCCUCAUGA